CUGCCGCGAUAAGACCUCACAGGGCUGACAGUUUGUUCUGACGUGAACGCGCCUCCAGCGUGCGGGGUCGAGCGCGCGCGAGCACGCGCGGAUGCUGCACGGUCACAGUCAGUUCAGCUGCCUGUUGGUUUGCGCGCGCAGAGCUCGCCGAGCGGAACUGUGAGCGCGUGAAGAGGAGCUAAUGUGAGAGCAAGAGCUGGAAAAAAACAUGUUUCUGUGAGGAACCGAACCGGCUGGAAGACUUCGAGUGAAGGAGAGACUGAAGAAAUGUAGAGAAGAAGAAGAAGAAGGAGCUGUUUUACUCUCUCCGUCUACGGCUCGAGCCUUCAGGAAUUUUUGAAUCCUGGAGGUAUCCUUGACAACCAUCCUGACUUUCCUCAUCCUUCACUGUUCCCGCCAGCAACAUUACAACCUCCAGAACUCGCCCUGGGAAGGACUCAGCUCUCUGAUCACUAUCACCAAACGAGAGAGGAAAGAAAAAAACCAAAGACAAAAGCAAAAAAGCAGAAAAGAAGAGAGACUGAGAGUAGCAUGUGCAAUGCCUCAGAGAGGGAAAGGGAGAACUCUGAUGUUGUGCACUGGAACCUUGUAGGCACUCGCUCACGCAUGCACAGAGUUUCUAUGGCGAUAAUUGCAUAUCCGCACCCUUGCUGAGGACAGGCUGUGUUUUUCUGCGCCGAUUGAUUGCUGUGUUGUGAUUGGUCAGGAUGCCAGCUAAAGGGAAGUACCUGUUGAAUGAGCAGAAGGUGAAACAAGAAGCACUCUAUAGGAAGUUCUCUUGCAUUAGCCAGUACCAGCCUCUGGUCUUGCUGCUCGGACUGAGUGCUCUCACCUGUGCCACCCUGCUAGUGCUGUUCUUUGGCCUGCAACUGAGUGUGCAUGGCCAUGUUACAUUUGUUGGAGUGGUGAGCGCAGCGCUGUGCGUGUUUCUGGCAGUGUUUCUGCUGGUGUGUGCAGAGGCAUUCACUCAGAGAUGGACAAUGCUCCUGGGUCUAGUAGUGUGGGCCACACAUCUCAGUAUGGGCUUCACCUUCAUCUAUAGCACUGAACUCAUUCAGCCCUGGGACCAGGUGCCUUUCUUUCUCUUCAUCAUCAUCACGGUGUUCACAUUAUUGCCUUUCCGGAUGUGUUACGCUGUCAUCCUCAGCAUCGUCUCCUCCGUCUCUCAUAUUAUUGUUCUUUCAGUUCACAUCAGCAUGGUCAAGGCCCAACCAAGACCUUACCUCAUCAGUCAGCUCUUCUCCAAUGUUGUAGUGUUUUUGUGUGGGGGUGCAGUGGGAGCAUUCCAUAAGUUCCUGAUGGAGAAAGCACUCAGGCAGACUUUCCAGGACACACUUCGCUGCCUCGGCAUCCGAAUGAAACUGGAGAUCGAGAAGAGACAGCAGGAAAAUCUGCUGCAGUCAGUGUUGCCGGUGUAUAUCUCUAUGGAGAUGAAGUUGGCCAUAAUGGAGCGCUGUAAAUGCAAAGAUAAGGAGGCACAGCAGCGACUGGUCAAAGACAAUAACUUCCACAGUCUCUACGUCAAGAGGCACGAGAACGUCAGUAUCCUGUAUGCAGAUAUUGUUGGUUUCACACGUUUAGCCAGCGACUGUUCUCCUAAAGAGUUGGUGAUAAUGCUGAAUGAGCUCUUUGGAAAGUUUGACCAGAUUGCCAAAGAGAACGAGUGUAUGAGGAUAAAGAUCCUGGGUGAUUGUUAUUACUGUGUGUCUGGCCUUCCCGUCUCACUACCAAAACAUGCCAAGAACUGCGUUAAAAUGGGUUUAGACAUGUGUGAAGCUAUUAAGCUUGUUCGGGAGGCAACAGGUGUGGACAUUAAUAUGCGAGUUGGCGUGCACUCUGGAAAUGUGCUCUGCGGUGUGAUUGGCCUACGCAAAUGGCAGUUUGAUGUCUGGUCACAUGAUGUCACCUUAGCCAACCACAUGGAGUCUGGAGGGUUGCCAGGCCGGGUGCAUAUCACUGAAGCCACCCUGAAGCACCUCAAUAAGGCAUAUGAAGUGGAGGAAGGAAAUGGUCAUCUGAGAGACACCUACCUGAAAGAGCUCAACAUCAAGACCUACCUGGUCAUUGACCCUCGAUCUAAGGACCCAUCGCAGACCAGCCGCAGUGUUCCUAAGCAUCGUGUGAGUGACGGUUUGAAGAUGAGAGCAUCUGUCAGAAUGACGCGUUAUUUGGAGUCCUGGGGUGCAGUUAAACCUUUCGCCCACCUGCAGAGCAGAGAGGGCUUCCUCACUGAUGCAGUAGUCAAUGGCAAAAACCGCUGCAAGGACAUCCCUCUGAGAUCAGCACCAAAAAUCCCAGAGAGUUUUGAUGAAUCUCUUGAGGAGCCAUUUUCAUUGCCCGCCCCUCCAUUCAGCACCAAUAAGAAUAAGUCCCAGAAGAGCAAGUUUGAUGAAGAAUUGCACAAUGAGAUGAUCACCACCAUAGAUGAGCUGAGCUCCAGCAAGCCGUGGGAAAACUCUGAGGAAAUCUCAGGUCUCACUUUGUGGUUCACAAAGCGAGAGCUAGAGAAACAGUAUAGGACCAUAGAAAUGCCCAGUUUUAAGUACUAUAUUGGAUGUGCCAGCUUUAUCUUCGUUUGCAUCUUCAUCAUUCAGAUGUCUGUCACCAUGCAGCCGAGGCCGCUGGGAGUGACGUUUACAGCGUUAGCAUGUGUGUUACUGUUGACCCUCACCAUCUGUUUUGCGGGUCAUGUUCAGAAGAUGUUCCCAGAGAAGUUAGAGUCCUGUCACUGGUUAACAGCUAUGUCAGAGGCAGUGGUUAAAAGGCCUUUUGUGCGUCUUCCCCUAGCAACCAUCGCCACCAUGGUUAUUGUCAUCAUUGCCUUGUUUAACCUGGUUUUUCACAGUACUGAACAGCCAAACAAUUCCACUAAGUGCCCUUUUACAAAAAAUGGAAGCAUCAAUGAUGAAGACCUCUUCUACUUGCCUUAUUCAGUGUACAGCUGUAUCCUGGCUUUAUUAGUGUGCGGGGUGUUUUUAAGAGUGAGUUUCGAGCUGAAAGUGGCCUUCCUCUUCAUCGCCUGUGCAAUUUAUUAUAUCAUCAUCUGCUGCACCAAGAACAAUCUGUUCAACAAAUACAGCUGCUUGCUCUUUGGAAACUCUAGCUCUGAGGAGAUUGGGCAGUUGCUUAGGAAAGGAGGCCUGUUGAAAGACCCACAGGCUAUGAGCUGCAUCUACAUCACUCUGUUUUUCUUUACCAUGCUGCUUAUAUCACGUCAGGAUGAGUUUUGCUGCCGUCAGGACUUCCUCUUGAAGAACAAGAACCGCACAGAUAAGGAUGAGAUUGAGCUGUGUGAGAACCUCACGCGGCUCCUACUGGAGAAUGUUCUCCCAGCGCAUGUGGCCGCUCUCUUCGUUGGGGAGAACAAAAAGAACGAGGUGGGGCUGCUCUCCACUAACACUUUACUAAACCAGAAGUACAAGGACCUGUACUACAAAUCCUAUGACUGUGUGUGUGUGAUGUUCGCCUCAGUUCCUGACUUUAAGGAGUUCUACACAGAGUGUGACAUCAAUAAAGAGGGACUGGAGUGUCUGAGACUUCUCAAUGAGAUCAUCGCUGACUUCGAUGAGUUGCUGUCUAAGCCCAAGUUCAGCGGAGUAGAAAAGAUUAAAACUAUUGGCAGCACUUACAUGGCGGCUGCUGGUCUUAGUGGAACACCUGGACAGGAGAUUCACCAGGACCGAGAGAGGCAGCAGGCCCAGAUUGGAAUUAUGGUGGAGUUUGCCAUCGCCAUGAUGGGAAAACUGGACGGCAUCAACAGGCACUCAUUUAACAGUUUUAGACUACGCGUGGGGAUAAACCAUGGGCCAGUAAUAGCAGGGGUGAUCGGGGCACGCAAGCCACAGUACGACAUCUGGGGGAACACGGUGAACGUCGCCAGCCGAAUGGAGAGCACCGGAGAACUGGGCAAAAUACAGGUAACAGAAGAGACGUCGGAUGUCCUGCAGAAGCUGGGUUACUCGUGCGAGUGCCGUGGCCUGAUAAACGUGAAGGGAAAAGGGGAGCUCAAAACCUUUUUUGUGUGUACAGAUUGCAACAAGCAGCAGGGCAUGGCUCUCAGCUGAAGCUGCUGCAUCUAGUAUUGACUCUACCACACCAGGAAGGUUUUUUUUUUUUUUUAAUGGUAUUUUUUUUUAGGACUUUUAGGACAUGUCAGUCUAUUGACAUCUUUCCAGAUUCACUUGAAAUGUGUUUUUUUUUUUUCUUUAAAGGAAUGUUGGAUGAUUAGGACAGAUGCCUAAAAACUCUUUCAACCAAAAACCAGUUUGGAACACAAACAUAUACUUUGAAUGGUGGGGACUGAAUUUUGCCACCUGAUGCUGGAACAACAGAACAGUCUAGUGUGACCGACUUUGAAAUCAUCUGCACUGUUCUGAUCUACAGUUACCUGUGACCUUUGAAUAUUGUGCUUGUAGCCAUCAUCCUUUUGGUUAAGUCUGAGAUUACUAGCAGAUGAGCUGAACUGCACACAUGAACAUGAUUUUUUUUUUUCUGGGUUUCCUCGCACAUAAUAUGAAGCCUUUGGAAAAAUAGACUGAAAUCCUUUUGUGAGGUUUUGGACAGAUUUGCUGCUGAAGGACCGUUUCUAACAUAGUACCUUCUGUUUCUAGAAAAUCUGUUCUUGAACUUGUUUUUGGACAUGUAAAUCUAAGCUGUUAAUGCUGUCUAGAAGUUCUUUUCUGUUUUCUCUUGUCUAUCAUGUCAUAGUGUUCUGCCUUUUGGUGUGGUGUUACUAAGCCAGUGCCUCUCAACGAAGCUUCUGUUUUGAGGGAUGAAGUCAAACAGGUAUUUUAUGGCUCCCAUAAUUCGGUAAUUCAAAGAUGAAACGUUAUGUGGUCUUCUAUGGCUAAAAAUGCUGCAGUACAAUCAGUUCAAAUUGCAAAAAAGAAUGUGAAUGAUGUGGCUUGAGGACUUUUCUACUUACCUUCAAACUUUUAAGAAGUAUUUCUGAAAUAAUUUUUGUAUCUUGACUGCCACUCUGGCCCCUCCCUUUGGAUGGUUGGGUCAAGCUACUUGCUGCACUUGUUAUUGAACGCAUCUGCCUGUCCGUCUUAUCACUUUGUUGCCCUGGUUCUUGCUGUGCUGGAAUCACUCGUUUAAAAAAAUUGGGAACAUUGAUUUCUGGGUUCCAUGUGCCUGGCUACAGGUAAAGUACACACAGCAAAAAUAACAUGGGACUUGUGUUGUAUCUGUACUGUACCUUUAUUGAACUGAAACAGCCUGAAGUUUUCUGUCUCUGUUUAGUGAGCUGCCUUUUCUGUUGCCUGUUUGGAGUGUCUACAAGGAAAUUAUUUGACUUUCAAGUUGCUGUACAGUAUAAGAAUGGAAUAAAUAAUUUUACACAUUUCA